CGGGGUCAGCCAGGCCCUUGGAAUAGAGGGUGGCUCCCUGGCUCCCUAGCUCCCUGUCUCCCUGCCUCAAAGCAGCCGAGGGGGGGAGGCAGUGUGGUGAUGAUGAUGACGGUCUGCUGCAUACUCACGUCGUUCAACCUGGGCUCAACCAACGGGGAAGCCAUCGAGCCUUUGGGAGGUUGCCCUGUCUUUCGGCAUCGAGUACCGCGUGCAGGCUCAGCAUCGGAAGAAAGACGACGUGGACAAGGGGGCCAGAUGAUCCGAGACAUUAUGAUCCGAUCGCAUGGCGCACACACACUCUCGUCGUCCUUGAUGAUUAUGGCGUCGGAGAGGUCCGUGUACGAGAGUCGUCAACAACGAUUUUGAUGUAUCGUGUAUCAUGGAAUUGUCGUGGAACGUGUAUUCAUAAUCAAUAUGGGGGAAGUGAACGGUUCGGUGGCUGAACCUCGGUU